AGCGCGUCAUCAAUGGCGGCUAGGUUUUUUCAGCUAAGGCGCGCUCUCUCUGUAUAUGUCAGUAAUCAGCAUCGAAACCUUUCAUUAAUAGGGAACUUGAGGGUGAGGUCCAAAAACUGCCAUUGUUUCGCAUAUCUAAUCUCAGAGCAAUUCCGGCAAUCAAAUUCGUACUUCAGCAGAGCUCACACGUUCACGAGACUAUAUUCGACUCGUCAGGCCAACAAGGAGGGUUCAGAGGCUAAUACUACUUCCGAGUCUAACAGUGUCCCGACUCCAUCAGCAGCUAUCGUGGAAACGGAUGUGAAGCAUAAAGUGUUGUCGAACUUGAAAGUAAACCCGAGGCAUGAUUUCAUGAUGAUAUUUACGUGCGGGGUAUGUGAAACGAGAUCAGUUAAGAUGGCAUGCCGGGAAUCGUACGAGAAAGGCGUGGUGGUUGCACGUUGUGCCGGCUGUAACAACCUUCAUCUGAUUGCAGAUCGUCUCGGGUGGUUUGGAGAGCCCGGGAGCGUCGAGGAUUUUCUCGCCGCUCGUGGCGAAGAUAUUAAGAGAGAAUCCAUGGAUUCUCUGAACCUUACGCUUGAAGAUCUGGUCGGAAAGAAGAUCGCCGGUGAGUAGAGGAGAUUUAUUUGUUGUAAUUAUAAUAUCCCAUAGGUGUGGUUUAAUCUAUGUACUGAGUGCCGAAACUUGAAAGUUCAUCUUUUUGGUGCUGCUUAUAGAAUGAUCUUAAAAAAAAUUC